UCGCCUUCGGCAGCAUUUCCAGGCGUUUCAUGUUGCCGAUGCAGAGUGUCUGCAGGACUGGGAGAUGCCAGGUGGACAUGGUAGUAUGCAGGAUCCACAAAACACUGACACAGAUAAGACUGCACCAGAAGAAGGUGGAAGUUCUGUUAGCAGUGAGAUGAUUGUCAAACAAGAACCAGAAUACCCACCUUCGGAAAAUUUUCCUGUGCCUAUCACAUUCAAUACUUUGAAAAUAGAGGUUGUCGAAGAUGAAGAGAAGGCAGUCAGCGAUGACUUUCAAGAGGAAUAUUCACCUUCUGAAGAUUUUCUUGGACCCAGCACAUUCAGUAUUGAGAAGAUGCGGGAUGAUGAAGAUGAGGGGGCAGCGAACGAGCAUGCCUUUAAGGAGUUCAACCAUGGAGUGGAGUUGACAAGUAGUGGUGGUGAACCAGGAAGUACUAUCCCUGUUGACAUGGAGGACAACAAAAUCAGUGAUGGCAGUGGCAGAUUGGUUACCAACGUCACACUGUCUAGAGGAACAUGCAACAGGAUACAACGCACUGGCCUGCAGGAAACAUCUUGUUUGAAUGAGUUUGUUAUUAGGCAUCUAAGGCAAAGAUGUGACAUCUACAGUAAGACGUUUUCACAGUUGCAGGACUUGGAGGAGGACACAGAUGUGGACAGAUGUGAAUUUCUGCUUUCCUGCAACUUGUGUCACAAAGCAUUCACAAGUAGUAGUAGUCUGAAUAAACACUUUAGAGUGCACACUGGCAAAAAUCCAUACAAGUGCAGCAUUUGCAACAAAACAUUCGUACAAUAUCAUAAACUGAAGCAGCAUUUACUGGUGCAUACUGGCGAACGCCCAUACGUUUGUGGUGUGUGCAACAAGCCAUUCGGCCAAAAAAAUAAACUGAAGCAGCAUUCACAGAUACACACAGGCGAACGUCCCUACAUCUGUGAAGUGUGUCAGAAGAGAUUCAGGUGCAACAGCCACCUGAAGGAACACCUGCGACAGCACACUGGGGAAAGACCAUACAGUUGCAACAUUUGUCAGAAGAAAUUCGCUUGUAAAGGUAACAUGAGAAAACACGUACUUACACAUGACAAAACAACCAUAUACACUUGAUGUGUUUCCAAAGGGACUGACAAUGAGCUGUAUGCUGGAGAAGAUUUCAAUUUUGCAUGCAGGACACUUAAGCACAGCUUGUAAGUACACUCUACAGCUGUUUAUAUGACUGUCGUAUUAAGUUGAAGAGAAGAAUUGACUUAAAAAUGCAAGAGUAAAUGUGUAUCUAGCAUGAUUUCUAUUACUUUGUCUUUCCUGUAGGCUAACAAUGGGUUGUGAUAAAUUUUAAUUACCCUGUUUACAAUUAAAAUUAUGUAAUUAAUAUGACCUUUGUCUCCACAUGAAAAAUACCUACAGUUCUGGUACACAUUGAAAUCUUUGCACCACAUUGCAGUUGUACGCUGCUAGACCAACCAAAACAAGAUGGAGCCGUUCAUCUUCACUUUAUCAAUAGGCUGUGUUAUUUUGUAAUCAUUCCUCUCAUGAAUUUUAAUGCAUGUCAGAAUUGCAGAUGCAGACGUGCAAAAAUACACAAAAUAUUCAUUAUCAGACUUUAGUUUCUCUGUGUAAUAUUUAAAAUUUUAUAAUCACUCAUUACUUGGGCUGGAAUGCUUUCUACAGGGACAACUUCUGUGGCACACUAAUGCAUGCAUAAUAUAGAAACUGAUACAUCAAUGUAAUCACAAGCGCUAUAAGUCUAAGACUACUUGAAUCAUGGGGAUUGCUGAGGUAUCACAGGUAAAAUCCUGGAGCGACAACGAAGUCUCAUAUUUUUGUUUAAUGAGACGUCCAAUGAAUGUUUUGUGAUCCUGCACAAUAUCUGAUUACAGGAUGGAAGCUGUAAUGCAAAACAAUGUCUUAUUGAAUCAGUUGUGACAGAUACAAAGGUAAUGAGAAAAGUAUGUCAUCAACUGCUAUUGUCUUACCUUAGAAUGCUUGGUAUGACUAUAAUUAUGUUUUUCAAGUACUUGAAAGUUAUGCCACUAAUUUUGUUGUAAUUGAACAAUGAUUUUUCUUCAGUGUGAAACAUGGACAUUCAUAUUGAAGUUUCCGUGAACUACACUGCUAGGAGAAAAUAGUAGACUGGGAAAGAUGACAUCAGUUUUGAUCCAGUGAUGGUAUAUGCCACCUGAGGGGAGGAGGGGUAGUAGGUGUACUAAUAAUGGUUCAGUGUCGUCCUCCAACAGAUAGUGUAGUGGCAUAGCUACCAGUGUGCCAUCUCAUCCACCCUUUAAUAGGGAAUGCUCACUGCCGGAAGGCUCAGUGUGGAGCAAAGGUGUGAAGCAAAUAGGCAAGUAUGCUGUGGAGAUUGACUGGUGCUACCUGCAGCCAACUGAGUGAGUUUGGAAGCUGUCCAGUUGCGGCCUUCCAUGUGACAGGAUGGUCCUUUCAGAGACUUACCACACAAGGAGGGCGUGCUGCAUCAGCUGUGCAAAGAUUCUGUUAUGCAAAGAUUCUGGCACCAGUGGACAUGUGAACAGUCUCACACCCAUAGACAAGGUUCUGGACAUCCACACAGCACAAAUGCCCACCAGGAUCGCCAUAUUGUAAGGACAGCAGUGGCGGAUCAUACAGCUACCACACUACAGAUAAGAGGGCUUGUGAGUGCAGGUGUGUCGACAUGAAAUGUUGCAAACCAGUUAUUAGCACUGGGACUACAGGCAUUCUUACCUCUAGCGUGUCUUGUCUUCCAUUCGUGCCAUAUCAUUGACUUGUGCAGCUCAACUGGUGCUGUCAGAGGAUCGGUUGGAAGAUAGAAUGGCAUGGCGUGGUCUUCAGUGAUGAAAGCAGAUUUGGCUUGCAUGCAGGUGGUGGUCAUUUGCAUGUACGAUGUACCUGGUGAGCACUGCCUUGUAGAGAGCAUUCAUCCAAGUCACACUGACCCCACCCCAGGCCUUACGGUUUGGGGUACAAUAAGCUACAACUCCUGUACAGCUUUGCUGUUUCUGGAGAGGACUCUAAUCAACACUUGGUAUGUGCAGAAUGAUUUUAGACACAUUCUUUUGCUGUUAUUGCAACAGAAAUGUGAUGUGUUGUUACAGCAGGAUAAUGUUCGCCCAUAUACUGCCUGUGAAACCACUCUGCAAGACAUGCAGCAACUUUGCUGGUCAGCACAAUCUCCAAACUUGUGUGCACUCAAGCGUGUGAGGAACAUGAUGAUAUAAAAAGUGACUCUUAUAAUUUGUCAGUUGUAUUCAUCAUCUGUGUUACAGAACUAUGUAGUAGAGUGGGUGAUGCAUAACAUAUCCCAGGACAGUAUUCAUCAUCAGUGUGAUCAACUGGAUGCCAGAGCCAGCGUGUGCAUUACCACCACGUGCUAAUAUGGAUGUCGCAGCAUGAGUGGAUACCUGGUACCUCAGAACUGUUUGUGCUGUUGAUCUGUAAAUUUAAUCAUUUCAUCUACUCCAUAUGCACUGUUGGAACAAUAAAUCUUGAGUGAACUGGAAA